GUUUUAUUCAUAUUUGACGUGUAGAAGUGUCAGCUUGACUUGGCAACGAUGACUCCACCUGCACUCUUCUCGCGAGAUAUCAGCAAGAAGUCCCUCCACCGGCUGCGGGUCCUACGGUCCGUCGGCGCGUGCCUGAUUUCCCUCCACAUGAUAGCGGGACCACGCAGCUCUACAACCGCGGCACUCACGCACUCCUUGCAAAAAAACAAAUCUACUUCCACGCAAAAUUAUAGCAAACGGAAACGAAGAACCUCUGCCAACCGCCGGAGUAAAGAUAAACUCUCAAGUCGGAGUAGCACAAGUGUUCACGCCGGGACGAAACAAGCCGAGGAGCAGCUGGCGAUCAGUGCUGCCAAAGCGCACCUCUCGACGGAACAGGGAGAAGCGAGUACUAGUAGUAGAGAGGGCAGCGGCAGCACGAGUGUGAAAUGCAAAUAUUUGUCAUCUGUAUCUGAGAAGUCUGGAAGGGUGCAAUAAAACGUGUCAUGCAGGUGGCCGAUGGCGCAGGGAGGCACACUAGGAGGUCUGGAAGGCAUGACAGAUUCGGUGAACAGGUCUUUAUCUUGACUUUUUGGCUCAAGGCACCCUUGAAAUUCUCUCCUCGCCUACUGGUGGGAGGGGGGGGUCUUAGAGUAUUAAUAUCACCACAGCGACAACGUAGAUCAGAAACGUUAGCCUUUACCAGAUCACUUGCUUAAGAUUUAUUGACAUUAUCACCAACACGGAAAUAACGAUAGAUAUACUGCACCUCACUACAAAAUCAAAAACACGAAAGAACGAAAAAAAGUGAAUAGCUUCAACAAAAUCUAAUUUGCAAAUCCAACGAAAUAACAAGAUCUGCGUGAGAUCACGAUCACAACCUCCACCCUAGAUUAGCCGUGUUGGUGUCGUAGCGAUUUCUCACCUGCCUUGAAGUUUUAAGAUUUACUACUACCUUGCUCUUUGUCUACUGCUAUCUGAAUCGAAAAUACUUGUGUACAAUCUGAACCCGUAUCGCUUGCUAAUCACCACAACACACUCAGACUAUCUCUGAUUCCGCCGCGCUAUAGGAUUGAUUUUUAUUCACAUGUCAAACACGAACGAAAAUUUAUGGACAUCCCCUGCGGACCGGAAAAGAACAAGCGCAACAGCAGUACUCACAACCUCGGCGUUUAAGGAUCGCACACUCAAACGACGAAUAGACUUCGACGCUGAAUUUGAAGAAGGAGACCUCCCGAAGGUACGGAAGUCGCUCAACAUGGCGCCGCCGAAAAAUAAGCCCUCGGCCACAAUCAAAGGCGGCACUGCUGCUGACAAGAAGGUUGCGAAGCCGGACAAAAAUGGAGACAAUCAGGCGGGAGCACCCCGCUCCGUUUUCUUGGUUAAAAAAUCGCUAAAAUUUCCGGCGCUUCAAAAAUUCCCCGGCGUUGGCCUGCAAUCCCGCCCGGUAGGUGUUUGCAAGCGUUACGUCCGGCGACGCCUCGCCCUCGCCAUUUUGGGUGUAUUUUGUUCGCCGCCACUUUCUCUUGGGGCCGGCCGCCGAUUGUAUUCGCGGCGGGCCUCGACCCAUGGUCUUGUGGUUCGGCAAAAUUAAAAUUUAAAAAUUGCGGCAGGUUUUUGGGUUAUCUCGGAUGUGCAGGGGAUGUCGAUUUGUUCUAGGAUGAGCCGACACAUAUCCGGGNCCCUGUCGCUGUAUGUCGGACGACGACGCGGCGAAGCGGGUGGGGAUCUCUGUGAGCCGGCCGCCCCGCCGGCAACAGAUCAGGCGGGAGCACCCCGCUCCGUUUUCUUGGUUAAAAAAUCGCUAAAAUUUCCGGCGCUUCAAAAAUUCCCCGGCGUUGGCCUGCAAUCCCGCCCGGUAGGUGUUUGCAAGCGUUACGUCCGGCGACGCCUCGCCCUCGCCAUUUUGGGUGUAUUUUGUUCGCCGCCACUUUCUCUUGGGGCCGGCCGCCGAUUGUAUUCGCGGCGGGCCUCGACCCAUGGUCUUGUGGUUCGGCAAAAUUAAAAUUUAAAAAUUGCGGCAGGUUUUUGGGUUAUCUCGGAUGUGCAGGGGAUGUCGAUUUGUUCUAGGAUGAGCCGACACAUAUCCGGGUGGUUUUUCCACCGUGUGGUUGGCGUGGGUGUGUCCUAUCCCCGUGGUGUUGUGGAUGUCUGUGUCUUUCAUGGGGAUAUGUUCUUCGCCUUUUUCGGAUAUUUGUGUAUGUUUUGGGUCCGAAGAAUGUGAUGGUUGAAAAAUUUCAACCAUCAUGUUGUUCGGGAAAUGGAGGAUGAGAGGGUGACGGGGUUUCAGAACUCGGAAGGAGAGCAUCAAGAUGUCGGCUAAACCUGCAUUUUGAUGGUCCUGUCCGGACUUCUAAUCAUCUUCUAAUUCUGCCGUCGAAAUCCAAAAAUGCAAAAUCCAAUGGGAUUUUGCACUACAAGGAAAUUAGAAGCUCCCCGGACAUGCUCCGGGGAGCCGGAUUUCCUCCGGAUUUCGACGAGAAUUAGAAGAAAAUUAGAAGAAGAAUUAGAAAACAAAUUAGAAGGGAUUUUAGAAGCCAUUUUAGAAGGCACUUUUAGAAGAUAAAUUAGAAGACAUUUUAGAAGGGGAAAUUAGAAGUAGGCUUUAGAAGGGGAAAUUAGAAGAAGGCUUUAGAAGGGGGAAAUUAGAAGAAGGUUUUAGAAGAUGAAAUUAGAAGGAACUUUUAGAAGGGCAAAUUAGAAGACGUGGAUCGGGGCACCCGGGGAAAUGUUCAUCGUGUUCCCACAUGUCUGGGGUGCGACGGUGGUCAGGAGGGAUUUCGCUGGUGGGGUAUUGUGUAUUUUGGGUCUUUGGGCAACCAGAGUGGGGAAGAUCCACUUCCAAACACUGGAAGGGUCUUGGUUCGUUUCUACCGGCCACCAGGUUGGUCCUUCUCCGUUUGGGCCUCUUUUGUUCUUCUUCUUUGGGGAGUCUUCUUUGUUCACUCGUCUUCCCCGGAAUCGGGAACCGGAAAAAAACGAACCGCCGGAAAAAUUAGCGACUUUUUAGAAACCAAGGCGGAGCGGACGUUUCCCGCCUGAAGACAACAAGGACAAGGCGGACAAGGCCAGUAACUUUGUCGUCAUGUGGGUCGCGGGUGACAAGAACAAGAGCAUGAUCAUCAAGGUUGAAAAAACGAAAAAAGCAGAAGUAAAACAGAAGGUGCAAGAACUUUUCAACCACCACAUUGCUGCGAAGCACAGUCAUGACGUUGUGUGCGCCAAUCUCCACCAAAUGUUCGCCGGGCUCAUCGAUGACAAGGUUAUGGAAGUAACCCCUGCGCCUGGGAGUUCUUCUUCCUCUUCCUCCGGUGACUCGCUGCAAGAAAUCACAUCCGCGUUUUGCAAGGAGAGCGAAGCAGCUGCUGUGGCGGCGUACAAGAAGAAGCAGGAAAAAAUGGAAUUUGAAACGCUUGAUGAAACGGUGGAAGCAAGUAAAGAAGUAAUUGAGAAGGAGGAUGAGGAGCACUGCUCGGGGGCAGUGCUGGCCGACACCAAAAAGCAUCCGUACCGCCUAAGCGACCAGAUGGACAUGUUCGAAAAAUUCAAAAUCCAUGAUGCGGAAAUGGACAAGAUUGCGAUUGACGUUUUUGAUGGGGAAGCAAUCCAGAACAUCAUCAAGGCCGUCACUUCCAUCCACUUUGACUAUGUUGGGAUCGCGUUCGCAGUGGGAAUCAUCAACAACUUCUUAAUCGCUGCGGACAAGGGGUUUGCGUUGCUUGGCGGGUUGGACACGCCGGAGUCGAUCAACGAGUACCACGAGCUUGCCGACAAAAAAUGCGCGAAAAAGAUCAGUGAUGCCUACGAGAUGGGAGACGUCCAGCACAUCGCUGUUGUCAACGCGGUGCAGACUUUUGAUGAUUAUUUGAUCAGGGGCAAGGGAAAUCUACCGGAACUAUACGAAAUCGUCAACGCGCUGGUAAAAGCCAAGGCCUUCAAAUUCGACUGGAACAAGGAAGAAGCGAAAGGCCGGGGCAAGGGAUUAGUUGUGCGCGACACCCCCAUCCCCAUCACGGCCUGUCGGGUUGUUGAAGAUGUCAUUGGAUUCAAUGACGAGGGCAUUGUGGUCUUGCCGCCGUCGUGUCACAUCCUGAAGUGCGUUGCUACCAAAGAAGACACGGAGCAGGGAGGACUGGGAAUUACGCGCUUCACAGUGGGCCCGCCGGAGGACUUGUUUUCUACGCACCUGAGCUGCUACGAAAAGGCGUCGGAUGUGGCUACCUGCCUUACGCGUGAAAUCGAUGAUGCGGUUGGACUGACACCGCGGGCCUUCUACGCUGGGCAAGUUGUGUGGGGCCACACUCGCAUGGGGAAGCCGACGCUCCGCGUUCGCGCUCAAACUCUGAUGAACAUCGGGGACAUUGGGUACGUGAAGCAACAUCCGUCCUGCCGUAUGCCUGAAGAGCCUGAAGAAAAAGAACCGAUCCAGAUGACCAAUGAUGCCGGGUUGACAGAGGAGAAGGUGAAGAAGAUGGUUGGUGAUGCUGUUGCUGAAUCCGAAAAGCGGCAAAGCUCUCAGCUGUUCAGCGCUUGCAAGUACUUCCACGGAAAACGCAAAGAAGAUCGCUCUUUUUUACAACAGUCGACCAACGACGCGAUGAAGCCCAGCAACUUGAUUUUGCACCGCCUCGCACUCAAGCAGGGGCUCGCCACGGAGGAGGAGUUGAAGGAGAUGGAGAAUCAGAGGGCUACUCUGCCGCGCAUCAGUGAUGUGAAUGAAGAUGAGGAGUUAAAGCGUGCACUAGGUGGGGUUUGUGUUGACGAUGAUCCGAAGCAAGGCGCCCCGCAGUGGAAAGCCGACAAAAUGGCAAUCACGAAUGGUAAUACUCUUUUUGCCCCAACAUGCAUGACAGAUUCUUCAGUAUCGCGUGGACAUUUGCAUGGGAAAUUCUCGCACAAUAACAAGAACAAAAACAGGUCCCUCCGCCGCGUCCGAGCCGAAGCCGUCCGAGAGCGAAGCGUGCUCGCAGCAGUAACUCAAUCGGAAGUCGAUGGUGGUAAUUCAGGAUGCACAGGAACAAAGGAGAAAAAAAUCUGUAAAGCAGUAAACAGCACGUCGCCUACCUUAAUUCAGCAGAAUCAAAACUAUUACUCGAGAAGCAAACUACUACAAGUUGGACAUGCGAUAUCGCGAAGAAAUACAAUCGUGGUCAGCACGUCUUUGCCAGCAGUCCGGCCUAUCGCGGAGAUCUAUCGGAUUGAAAAUAAUGCAGUACAUGAACAACGGGUACGAAACGAGCCGGAGAUGAGAACUAAUGCAAUUGUCGAAGCAAGCAGUGACGGCACCAAGAAAGUAGAGGAGGAAGAUGGCGAAGGGUUGUAUGAUGAUGGUGAUGGAGGCAGAAUUGAACUACAAACAGCAUGGUCAAUGAUUGGUAAAAAAUCCUCUGCGUUUUUGGUAGAAAUGAAAACGGCAUUUGGUGCGAAAAUGUUUGAGCACAAUGCGAAAAAACAAAAAGAAGAUGAGCUGAAGCGGGCACUUGCUCGCAGCAACAGUUCUGAGAAGAAUCCACAUUACCACUUGCACCAUGCUGAUGAAAGUGCUGUGUCCAACGUCACACGCGGCACGCACAUAGAAAGUAGCAAUAGCACUAGUAACCAUCCCAGCAGUGCUCCUGAUCAUAGUAGCAGUGGUGGACUUGAAUGCAGACCUGACCUAGGACGGAGCGCAUCCCGCAACAAUGUUCAUUUUGUUUUUGUGCUUGAUUCCCCCACGCAUAUGCAUUGUCCACCGAUUACAAACUAUAGUUAUGAAUUCUGUCGUUGGGGAAAGUUGAGUCGUGCAGUGCGGUCGUUGCGCAACAACCUCGUUGAGGGGCCAUCUUGUCGCAUUAAUCGCAAUCGUCAGUCGUCGGUCAAGGCCGGGAGUGGUGGAGCUGAAAUUGCGAUAGCAGCAGUAGUGGCACUGCUCAUGGCUUUUGUGCAGGCACUAAGUGGAGCGCUUGCAGGGACUAGAAAAAUGGUCGACGUUGAAGAAGAGGCUCUGAGUUUCUCCUCAGUCGAUGCAUCCGCUGCAGCUGUGCAGCCCCGCCGCGACACCAAAAAAUUUCGAAUUCCUGCACGCAAGAUUCUACACGACAUCGAGAUUUUGAACAUGCGGGAUUUCGUCAGGAAGGCUAAAGUAUUUCACACAGCAAAAGGAGAAUCGCACUGGCAUCGGAAGUGGAGGAAAAUUAGGACGAGCCGCCGUGCGGGCCGCUGGACCUGUGCCACCAAAUACAUCAACCUAUUACCGCAGCCUACGGAAACUGACGACGCUCGGAUGAAGAUAGUAACCUCGGAGGAAGAACUGUUUUUGCGAACGCACUGGCUUCCUCAUCUCCAUAUUACGCCGAAGCGCCAGCAUGCAGCGGCUUCGACGAAGUCCUCAUCUCCCUCUCUGCUUCAUCAUAAAUUCAUGCCUCGAUGGUGCAGAAAAGCGAUGGCUUCCAGUAGCAUCAGAAGAAUUUUUUGUUGGUUUGUAAGCCGGGGUUCGCGAUUAUUGCGGGAAUUUGGUGGAAAGUCUAGUAAUCUUCACGCUACAGGACGAGAAACCGCAUGUGCAGAAUCCUCGCCAGAGCAUAACCAGAAAAGGAGAAGCAGCAUCGACAUGCGAGAUUCGAACUGCAAGAAGACGUCUUCUACCUCCUUUGGGCAGCUUGUUCAUGACCUUCGUUGCCCAGUCGAAAACAUAGCCGACACCUCCGGGACGAGCGGGGGCCCAAGUUUACCAUUUUACUGGCUUCUCCCUAGAUAUGCGCGGUGCGGGUACGACGCAGUAAUUACGCCUGAGAACGAGAAAGAGGUUCGUGACACCAGCGUGGUAGCCGCUACUGAGAUUAAUCGGAGAAGGGGGAAAAGGAAGCGGUCGGACCGGCAUCAGGACGACAGUGAAUUGCUGCCACUCGGCUCAGGAGCUGAGGAAGGUGUGGACGGUUUUUCUGGGAUGCGCCACGAAAGUGAAACAGGACCUGAGUCCAGUCAUUGUGAUGUUUGCGCAGAAAGGGUUUGUUGUCCAGAUACUCAGCCCGAUUUCACUGUUACUGCGAAUGGAAGUGGAUCUACGGAGUGGUCGAGCUCGCGACCGGUGCAAACUGGUGAACAGUAUGUCGCAUCGCCAUGGGGAGACAGUGAGAGUUCAGUAGUGCCGGAGGCGGUUCUAGCAAUAUCGAAUUCCGCGUCAAGAGCUCUUGUUGCACCUGGAGGAGCGGUUUCGACUCACCCGCGCAUUGGCUCAGCGACUUCAACUUGCGAUAAGUAUUGGUCUUGCCAAUCAGAAGAAAAUCACGAAAGUGCUCUACUUACACCGACCUGGGGCGGUCGGGACAGUGAAGAAACACGACCGAAAACCGGCAAAGCGGAUGAUUUACCCAACGGCAAACCGGGGCACAUUUUGAGUUCGCGCCUGGUAGGCUGUUCGCGGACGAGCUCGACAGAACCAGGCGACCGGCAAGGAAACGAUCGUGAACAUCCGGCACCGGCGGGAUCGAGUAGUCGCGUUCCGCAGUGGUUAGGAGACUAUCAGCAGGCCUUCCACGAUGGUAAUCGGGAGGUGAUUGGCUCGGGAGUUCACCAUAUUGAUCCUGUAGCUCCGUCGUGUAGCGGCCAGACCAGCUGGCAUCACCGCCGCGCUUGUGUAGACGACGGCUCCGAGCAGGAUGACCGCUCAUUGGGAAGUACGACAGCCACGCCAUCUGAACCUGAAACAUCAGGGCAAGAUGAUGACACUGUUGUUGGACAGGAGCAGAGCAGUAUGCGGCUUUUAAAGGAAGCAGCUGGGAACGAAGCUUCUGCAAAGCGGCCUCCGCGUGUAACAGUAGCAGCUGGUGGUGAUGAGGGAGGGAAUGGCGACCCGCAAAUUCAAGGACACAAAAACGCAAUGAAGAAGAUCGAACAGGACAGAAAAAGACUUCUCAAGGAGUGGGAAGAACAGCAAAAAUCCGAAGUCGACUGGGAGCCGUUUCCUGAACUCGCCGAAAGUGUGCACGACCCACCACCGCUUGUAGGGCAUGGAAGAGUGAAGCUCUCAUGCGUGAACAUGUGUGGCGCAGGCAGAGACAGUGACAGGCUUAGGCAUGUGCUGCGGGUGGCAAGCAUUCGGCGUUGGGAUGCAAUCAUGUUAAGUGAAUUUGAGUACCGUAAAAAGUCUCUUCAUUCUUCCAGAACCCGGGGGGAAGUUGUUGUUGCUGAACUCAACAAGCGAGGCGCGCUCGAUGCCGACGAUGCUGGUGACGGGGUUGAUGAUGCCCAUGGGGGUGAUGUGCCUGACUAUGGUGACGCUGAUUUGCACCAGGAUGAGCGAGUGGAGGAGAUGAUCGACGAUGACAUUCCGGAGGAUGAUGCAGAUCUCGUUGUAAGCGGACACGCGAAUGAUGGUAGCAGCAGCGAGAAGUACCGGUGGCUUCGGAAAAAAGACUUCGACUUGUUGUGGAUAAACGGCGCCGGGAUUCUCAUAACAGGGCUGACACUGAGAAAACAACUUGGAUCGGGCCCCAUUCCGGAAAAUUUGGUACGUGCCAGAGAGCGGGUGGUAGCAGUUGCUUUGCCGGAGAUCGUCCUUGCUGCAUACUACGCGCCCACAUCGGGAUCGAAGCCCCAUGCAGUGCAAGCAUUUGACCGCAGCCUUUCGAACACGGUAAAGGAUUUCAAAAAAAUGAAAAAAGAGAAGUGGAAAAUGUUCUUGAUGGGGGGCGAUCUCAAUGCUCACAUUGGUGCAGGCUCCGACGAGUAUGCCAGCUCCUGCAUCAGUGGUGGAUUUGGGAGCAAGGUUACCUCGCAGCGAGGGCACCAGGUCGCAGCAAACCUGAUGUCCAUGAGUUUGGUGCUGGCCGGGUCGUGGUUCAAGGCGGACAACUACCACACCUACCGGGGGAAAACGGAAAUUGGCCACUGGCUGACACUGGGGAAACAGGCGGAAAAAGUUCGCUCGUAUCGGAGAUUUUCACUACAGGGCCGCAACCGUGACGGCACAGCCCCAUAUGCGCAAGUAUCUUUUGACCAUUCCGCCAUCGAGAUUGCCUGCGACGUGAAAUCCUUCCAGAGGCUGCGUGAGGAAGGAGUUGCGAGGAAGGCGCUAACGAAGGGCAUUCUAAAUGAGAUUUCGGGCGAAACAAGGGACCACAUCAACAAGUGCCUGCAGCGACGCCACAGUGCGGGGAAAAUAAGUAACUUGGAGCAGCUUCAGGACUAUUUAAUUGAGAUUGCGCCUAUGUUGACCGGGAAAACAAGAAAAACAAUUCCGCGCGCAACGUCUGAACAGCUGCUGGAAUCGGCCAAGGCAAAGGCGCACAUGUGGCAGCUCUUUAGAGAAGAAAAGGUCAGAAAGAGCGACCGCGCGUGCUACGUAACCCCUGCCCAGUCCCGCGCCCAGUACAACAUGGUAGGGAAUUCGCCUCUCCACAAGGAUCAAGCGCUUCCGAUCGACAGCAGGCUGAAAGAAGUAGUAAAGAAGCUUUUGCCGGAAACAGUAGCGGAGCUGGACGCACCGGUGGAGGCAGAAGAGCUUGCGCAGGCGAUUCGUCACAUGGCGCAAGGAGGCAGGGCCAAAGACGUGCACGGCCUCACCCCACAAAUCCUGAAGCAUUUCAGUGAGGAUUCGGUGGAAGUAAUCGCGGGAAUCAUCAACACCGAGAUGGACACGAGGCCUCUCUCGGAACUGGGAGAAAAAUUUCAUUUGUGUCGCGACAUUCCGUUGUACAAGGGCAAGGGUGCAAGAAGCUCGGCCGAUAACUAUAGAUUUUUGGUAAUCAGUCCGUUACUCAUGAAACUGGUUACGAAAAUUUAUUCGGACCGCCUCUACAAGGCGCUCGAGGCCGUCGGAUACUUCAACGCCGAACCAUUUGGCUUCCGAGCGGGAGUAGGAACGCUUGACAGCCUUUUGGUGUUUAAUCGGAUGCGCGAAGACUUCCGACAUUUUUCGAAGUCUCCAACCUUUUACCGAUUAGUGGCGACGCUCAUUGACUUACGCAAAGCGUUCCCAAGCCUCGACGAGAGACUGAUGGAAGGCGUUUUUCGUGAACUCGGGCUGGGCAACUCAAGGUGUUGGCAGGUGAUAAGGUGCUCACACCGAUCCGCGGUGCAUAUGUUUGAAGAUAGCAUACCGCUUACCGUGAAAAACGGAACAAAAGAAGGCUGCGUAUCCUCCCCCCUUUUGUUCUUGGUUUGCUAUUCGGCUGUAAUGCGGAUUUUUCAGUUGGAGCGGCGGAAGUUACCUGAAGAAGCCUGGGGUGUGAGUUUGAGCGCAAUGGACAAGGCGUGGCACUGGGAGCGGAAGGAAAAAAUACACGAACUGGUGAAAGCGGGAAGGAGAGUCCUGCUAGGCGAAAACCAAGACGACACGCUAAUAAAAUUCUUGUUGGGCCGCCUUCUCUUCGCAGAUGAUACCACCCUAUUUUCGCAGGGGCAGGCGGCUGAGGUGUUGAAGCAGGUGGAGGACAAUAGCGAGCGGAUCAAGAACAAGCUUGAGCCACUUAACAACGAACUGACAGAGCUGAUGAGCAAAGUCCUGAACCAGUGCGGGAUGAGUGAGAACCUGAGCAAGAGAAUCAUGGAUGACAUCACAAAAAUUCAAACCCGGAACCUUGGCGUGAACACAAAUGACGACGCAGAUAUCCGUAUAAAAAUUUCAAAGGCUUGGUCGGCAUUUCAUGCACUGAAGUCGACAGUGUCGGGGCUAACCGGAUUGACACAGCAGCGCAAGGGGGAACUAUUGAUCAUUAUGGUCCGCUCCAUCAUGAUCUACGGCCUGCAGGUUCGCUUUGUCGGGGAGGACCACUUCAAUUUGUUACAAUCGGCUGAAACAAAAAUGAUGAAGAUGUUCGUGGGGAUACCGUUAUGGGUACACGACCAAAACCAGGCCAGUUCGCGCAGCCUGCGGCGCAGAAUGAAGAUUCCUCCCAUCCGUGCGCAAGUCAGAUACCUGCAACUGAAGACAAUUGCGCACACCAUGCGGAAGCCAAAAAAUGACUUGGUACGAGCAGCCCUGAUCGGCAAGUUUUAUCCGCGAGCCAGCCCACCAGCGGAAGCAGACGCCUUGGGUGUGCCGAGACUUAGGCUGCGUGACUUCUACAGGUCUGCGCAGGACCUGAAGGAGGUGGAGGCGCGAGACAAGAAAAUUCCUGACUUUUUUGGGGACGCGUUGGAGUUUCUUCGAAAAGAGUGCAAGUUGGGUCCGGAGGCUCUUCAGUUGCUGUGGGAGUCCAUGGCGGAGGCGGACACGCGGAGACCCCCACCUCAAGGAAACGAGCUGUCGUGCUACAAUGUCAACAAAAAGGUUUAUUUUUGUCUGACUCGAUGGGCCUUCAUCCGGCAUACAGCAGAUGACUGGGCGGACGGAGACCGACUACUAAGGGCUGAGGUGGAGAAAGAGCUGGCAGCGAAGUAUUUUUCCUCGUCGUCGCUCGGGAAAAUGAAGGAAAAAAUUCGUAAAGACGGCGAAGAGUUGGGAUGGGAUGGCGACACCGUAGAGGAAAUGAUACAACAGAUGAAGAUUCCAGACGGCGCCCCAGAGCAAGUUUUUCGCGGUGAGGAGUGCUUUUGGUGUUCGCGUAACAUCAUGUGUUUUUUGGGACUUGACCCGCAGUCUGAAGUUGACCGCAGAGAGUAUUUUGAUGAACUGGCUGAGCAGCAACCUGCUGAUGGCAUGCCUGAGGCCCUUCUCGAGCACCUGGAGCAACAGCAUCCCGCCUGCUACCCUGUUGCCGAUGACCCCAUGCUACAGCGAAUUUUGGACGUAAACCACCAGCAGGAUGCCCUGCUUGACCAGAAAGUCAAGAUGGAAGUACUUCAGCGGAAUCCAGAAAUUCGCGAACUGAAAAAAGGUGGCGGAAAGCACGCACACAAGAAAACUCGCUGCAUACCGUGCGGCCUCACGUUCGUGGAGUCGGCAGGCGCUAUGGAGAGGCAUGCGGAGGAUCAUAGGACUGGGAACUUCAUAAAAGUAGGCUACAACUCCUCGCUGGACAAGAGGCCACCAGGGUCACAGAAUCCUCCUAGCGUGUGCAGAUCGGAGUAUCACUACUGGUGUAGCGCAGCAGGCCGAUACACAUAUGGAGGCCAAGGCAAGGCGUGGAAGAUUUGCGUUCCUACCGCUAACAUGUUCACGAACAGAGCAGGAGAGCAGUACUUGAGGUGCAGGCACUGUAGGACCUAUAAGUUGCGAUACGAGCACAACGAACAAGAGUGGCACAGCCAGAACAGAGCACUAAACUGGUACGUUGGGAGAAUGCGGAAACACCAAGACAAAUGCAAGAAUAAGCCUGCGCGGGGGAAGAAGAAGAAAAAAGACGAGCCUGAAAUAGCUGAAAGCAGUGAUAGCGGUUCCGGCAGCAAUACUAACGAUAAUAAAUAGAUAGCGCAUCUAAUUAUCGUUUUACCCCGUUUUGUUGGGUAAUACUACUACUACUACUGACUCCUAUCCUGCAUGAGAAAUAAAAACCCCGUACCAAGUUGGUCACAAGUGGGCAACUUGUGGCAAUCAUGCAAGACAGAUGUUUGUUGUAUGAGGACCCACGAAAGGACGCAUGAGCAGUUUUUUGCGCUUUUCCAGACAUGAUCCAGGGUGGAAGAUGAUAUUUGCACCGUGCAUAACGAGGGUAGAUGCGACCGCCGAGGGGGUGAUCCGAGCAAAAGAGAAUGAUCUGAUCGUUAAGGCUAUCAAAUGCAAAAAUGUCUGGGUCUGGAAGAUUGCGAGACUUGUCAUGCGUGCCUGGCAUGACUAAAAGGUUUGUGAUGCGUGUCCAAGAAGAGACCCUUUUGCCUGUCAUGCAACACCGCAGUUUGUCAUGCGAAAAACGCAACACAAAGAGGCGCAGAUAUUGCUCAUGCUUGGCUGUGCAUUACAGAGCAUUCACUAUUCCCAACGCAGCAGUACAAGUUUCCAGACCCAGACAUUUUUACAUUUGAUAAAGGCCGCGAAAAAGCACAGAGACGUUUCGGCGAAAAACCUGCACCGCCAUCACCACCACAGACUCAAAUACCAGAAAAUAAAGGAAGUAAAGCAUGAAGAUCCAAAGCACGAAGAUCUAGAUCAUGGACAACUACGGGAGGUUGUAGACGAAAAUGAAAAUAACCCCGAAGUAGUAGGAGUGGUCCAGCGCGUCCACUCACCAUCAUUAUCAUCAGCAUCAUCAUCUGCUCGCGACAAGGCAGCUACGACGGGAAACAAGGAAGGCAAUAAAGGCCGCAAUGAUAUUAAGGUUGUUGAUGACAUCUGGCACAAAGGGCGUGGACACCACCGUGGUAGGGCUCCUGCUCCACCCUCAAUGGAGAACAAGAAAAGCGGCACGAAAAGAGCCAGCAAGAGCGAGGCACUGCUCCUACAUGAAAAAAACACGAAACCUCCGAGAACACGACAUCAAACAGGGGCCGUUGGCUUAGCGGAGACUGGCCAGUCGGCGCUGAUGAUGAAAACGGGAUCGGAAGAAUAUUGCAAUGAAAAAUGCCCCCACCCGAAAAUUUGCAAAAGUUUCUGAUGCAAAGUUUCCAAAUGAAAACUUUUUGUCUUGCAUGAAAGGACUACGAGUCUUUCUGAUGCAGAAUCUAGGCGAGUAAGGUAUCUUUUACAUGACAGGCCCGGCUGCAUGUCCUAAGCAUGCUAUGCAUAAGCUCGCCACUUCUUAGGGUGGUAGAGAAAACGGAAUAGAGACGGUACAGGCAGAAGUGGAUCGACCGGUCUAGACAAAGUAACUUAAGCGCGCGUAGAGUAAAGCUUUAUUAUUUUUUAAAAAAUUACUUUAGAUUUACUUGGGCUUUGGGAACGAGACCAAGGAGACGAACAAGGCCAGCUUUUAUUUUUCCACCCUGGUGCCACCUUUAGUAUCAUUCUGGCCUUUCCUUGUCAUGAUCUGUUUCGACUUCCGGUGUUUGUCAUGCAUUUUCCGCCCAGGCCCGCCCUGGAGCUGUUGUUCCUUUCCGUGGUUCGGACUGUCUCCUCGUCUAACAACAGCGAACAUAGGGACGUUAGAUUUUUGAUUGCUCUACAUUACAAGACCGGCACUUGCGUCGGCCCGCCGAAGUUUCGCGCGCGGGUUCAGCAGUCUUCUUUCUCGCGAAAAAGGUGAGUCUCCUGACCCUUUCGGUCGUCACCAUUCCGCCGGUGUCUGUGCUCUCGGGCGCGUCACCCACCUCAGGACCUCAGGACCUCAGGCUACUGUUUGUCGAAUUAAUUUACGAGGGGACGCCCAGCCCUUAGCCUUCCAACAUGACAGGCCCGGCUGCAGCUGGGCUCUUGCGCAACACAAACUUGCGCCAUGCGGCACGGCAUAUUUGUGAUGUUGAUAAUAUGCAAGACGGGGGAUUUUUCUAUUGGAAAGGUUUGCAGCAAUACAAAUGCUGCCAAGUUCAGGGAUGGGGGCACUUUUCAUUGUAAUAAAGAAAAAUUCGAAGCACCGUCGGCUAUGAUGAAAACGGGAUCGGAAGAAAACUUCGAAGGAUCGUUUAUCCUGAGUAAAAACGUACCCACACCAGAGUCAACAUGGGAAACCUGCUAGACAAAUCACACAGCUUUGGUUGUUUGGCAUGACAGAUUUGGACGCCUCGUGUAGUGCUGUUUGAGCUAGUUUAGCAGCAUUACAGAUCUAGUUUCUCAUGCUGAUUGGAGCAUGACAAAUUUCAAAACCGCAUUAGAAAAUGCUUCUCAUGGGGCUCCGCAUGAGAAGCAUUUUAAGCAUGCAGAGUUGCAUGACAACUAUGGUGUGGGUACGUUUUUACUCAGGAUAUCGUUGACGAGUACUUCUCAAGGAACAGAGAGCAGGUAUUACAGGAAAAAAGUGUUACAGGUACACAUUUGUUGGAGUUUCUGCAUCACAAAGUUGCUCGACAUGGCAAAGAAAACCUGUGAUGCGCAGACUAUAAGCGAAAACACGAAGGAAAUGAGGCUGGCAAGUAUUUUCUGCACGACAGAGGUGGUCUGUCUUGCUUCUCUUCCAUCAGAGUGUAUAACUGUAAUACUUUUUUCUCAGGAUAGCAGGAGGAGCACCACAACUACAACUGGAGAACGGGUCCUGAAAGGAACAAGCAAGAGUACCGCGGAGUUAAGCAAUCUGAAGAAGUUAUCAACUGCAAAAAUGUCUGGGUCUGGAAGAAUACAAACUUGUGAUGCGCAUUUCAGAACACAGAAAAAUCUCUCAUGCAUAAGCAGCAAAAGUUGCCCACUUUCUGUCACCAAAGUGUGGGAUUUGUCAUGCGGAUUCGGCAUUGCGGAAGCUUCUCGAAACCUGUAAUGCUAGAGCUUCCAUGCCAGACCUUCUUUGUCAUGCAAAAACAGCAUGACUCUUCCAGACCCAGACAUUUUUACAUUUGAUAGAAGUUCGCCGAGCUCCUGCGGUCGGCAAACAAGAUUGAAGCACCGUCGGCGAUGAUGAAAACGGGAUCGGAAGAAAAAUUCGAAGGAUCGUUGACGAGUACUUCUCAAGGAACAGAGAGCAGGAGGAGCACCACAACUACCAGAGAACGGGUCCUGAAUAUCGCAACAAAAAAAACUGUGCAAGUGUAAAUUUGUGUUGCAGAACAUGCAACAGAGUUGCACCAGUCAUGCCAGACAGCCACGAAGUCCUAUUUUCAUGUGUGUUUUCCCUUACAAGUGACGCAUGACAGGUUUUCUCUGUCAUGUAGAGCAAAUUUGUGAUGCUGUUCCCCAAAGAAAGUUACACUUACACACUUUAUUUUUUCCUGGAUACUGAAAGGAACAAGCAAGAGUACCGCGGAGUUAAGUAAUCUGAAGAAGUUCGCCGAGCUCCUGCGGUCGGCAAACAAGAUUGAUAACGACGUGGGACCCGUAUUCAGUGCAAAUAUGUCUGGGUCUGCAAAGUGCAAACUUGUGAUGCUGGUGGCCUCGCAUAAUAAAUCUCCAUCUGUAUUGCAUGAGCAACAAAAGUCGCAGCCUCUUUUGUACAAACAAAACCGCAGUUUCAUCUCAUGCGGGAUCAUGCGCGUGAGAGCGUUCCGGAAGGUUGUCAUGCUUGGCGGCAUGCGGAAGUCGUGUUUCCAUCAUCCUUCCACACUUUAGCGUCACAAGUUUCAUCCCGUCCCAGACCACAUAUUUGCAUUUGAUAGGGCGAAAACUACGCUUCUUGGACGGAGGCCGACGACGACGACGACGACGACGACGUGUUUUUUCAACAAAAUGACGCGCCAGCACUUGAACAAGACGAAGACACCGACUAUGACUAUGUAGACGGUGGCGGAGAGGAAGAGGAAGACGAGGAGGGUGGUCUUCUUCACGCUGGAAGUGGUCAGCAGCUUCUACACACGGUGGAGGAGCAACUAGGAAAAAACGAAGUAGAGCCAACAGCUGCACCAGGCUCCGAAAUUACAAGGAGUACAGGAACAGCUAUCGACAAGGCCGCCCUCCAGGAUGACGACUGGCAAGGCGAAGAUCAGAAACACAUUCGUACUCUGCAGGACGCGACGAGGACAACUACAAAGACUGCAGGAACAGAGGUAACCACCUCAGAUUACCGGUCGCUGCCUGCUGCACCACACCCUCCAGCCAGCGCCCCCGGGGAGACCACGACAAAGGGGGUAAAGAAAGCGCCCGUCGGGUUGGAGCUGGGGAUGAAGCAGCAGGGGUCUUCGCCUGUCGAAGUAUUACCAAAAACCCUCGCCAGCGGGGGAAUUGCCGCAGCAGCCCCCGCUUCGAUGAUGCGGGUCGAACAGCAGCAGGAACUACAGACCGGCCAGCAAGGACGGCAAGCAGCAAAAAUGGGCCAGAGGACGUCGCAGCGGACGAAAAGUACGAAAAGUGCGACACUUGCGAGCUUGGACGACAGCCUUUCGAAUGGGUUUCAGAACCUCCAACGCAAGGAAUUCCAGCGGAAAAUGACCAGUGACGCGGAGCAGGCGCAGUACGAUCAAGACAAGGACUUCGAAGCGGCGGUGGCCUCCUAUUCCGACGAGGACCUCUUCGAGCAAGAACUCAGCGCGCAGGACCAGCAGGGAUCGGAUUUCUCCGCAUCUUCUGAAGGAGGUGACGACGAGUACACAACUCUUGAAGACCAAGUAGAGCAGGGACGAGGGGGAAAAACGCCGGCGCAAGAAGAGGUUCAUCUUGAAGAGGACGCCCCAGGAGCACGACCCCCCUCCAGCACAACUACUCUUCCCGGCGUAAAGAACGGCGGAGGUGAUGAAGAAAACUAUCGCUUUGAAAUCAACCAGCUGACCAAGGGAAUGUCAGAGUCGACCUCUCGCUUUGAGAAAGCGCACGCGACGAAGAGGUUGAAGACGUCGCGAAAUAAACAAGAAGAAGAAGAAGAGAGAAAAGGAGCGACGGAUGAUUGCGAGCCCGGCGAUCCCCAGCGGACCGUCUUUCUGCCGACAAAAGUGCCCGACAAACCGGAUUUCGACCAGCUUUUCGACCUUAUUGGCAAAAACUACCUCCGCCUCACCGAAUUUACGACGACUGGACCCGCGAGCGAUCCCAGGUACUACAUCAAAGCUAGCGACUGGAGCCAGUACUUCGUGGACAAGGGGUGCCAGGGCACGGAGUGUACUGUGAGGAAAAAUCCCCCGCCACCCUCCCCAUACCGAAAAGGAAAAUUUGUGAUGCACGAGAUUUGUGGUCGAAAAUCAGUUUAUGUGUUGCAAGAAGGCAGGCGCCGAGGUAUGCGGCGCAUCCAUUAGAGAGGCGGUUUGUCACGCAAAUCCAGCAGCACUAACUUCGUUUUGAUAUCGGGAGGGGGUGCUUUUGCUUUUGAUAGAGUGCGACGACGCAGAUCUGGUGUUUCACCUGAUGAACGUGCGGCACCGCAUCAACGCCGCGCAAACGGACUUCGUGGACCCCGUAUGGAUUGCAAAUAUGUCUGGGUCUGGAACAAGAGUGGAACUUGUAAUGCUGUCCGAGGAUUCUAGAAAUAUCUAUGUUCUUGCCUGAGCAGUAGCGUAAGAGGAGUCAGUUCUUGGCACGCCGAAGGAAAGGGCAUUUCUCAUGCGUAAUUAGCAUCAAGAAGCUCUCAAAAAAUCUGUGAUGCUAGGACUAGCAUCACAGACCUCACGGCUCAUGCAAAAUGUGCAUGACAAGCCGCGACUCUUCCAGACCCAGACAUUUUUGCAGUUGAUACCCCGCCUGGCUGUACAUGGAGACGAGCAACAUUUGGCUGGCCGGCCCCAACUAUCAACUGCAAAAAUGUCUGGGUGUGGAAACUUGUAAUGCUGCGUUGGGACUAGUGAAUGCUCUGUAAUGCACAGGCAAGCAUGAGAAAUAUCUGCGCUUUGUUGUGUUGCGUUUUUCCCAUGACAAACUGCGUUUUUGCAUGACAGGCAGAAGGGUCUCUUCUUGGACACGCAUCGCAAACCUUUUUGUCAUGCCAGAUAAGCAUGACAAAUCUCGCAAUCUUCCAGACCCAGACAUUUUUGCAUUCGAUACCAACUCCGACAAGGACUGUAACCUGGAAGCUUUGACCAAAUACGAGUGGGAGACGGUUGCCAAGGACCAGGCGUGGGAGGGCGUCGUUCCGGACUGGCUAUGCAUUGCAAACAUGUCAUCUGGGUCUGGAAAGUUGAAACUUGUAAUGCUAGCGUUACAAAUACAAUCCAAUCCUGGAGAAUCUGUAUUGCAUAUACCAACAAAAUAAAGCGCAGCCUCUUGUGUCGUGCAAAAACGCAGUUUCUCAUGCGUACUGCCUAUGGAGAAGCGUUCUGGAAACUGGUCAUGCUGGGCUGCAUUCGGAAGUGUUAUGUUUGUGUUUCCAUCGUCCACGCUUUUUAGCAUCACAGGUUUCCAGACGACCCAGCCAUAUUUGCAUUCCAUACUGGCACGUUACCUACAACAACGGGCACGUGAAGGACAGCAACGGCAACUUCGUGCCAGAAUCCGUCGACGGGCACAGUGCGCUGUCGCAGAUAGAGCUCGAGAACAUGUAUCUUAGGAAAAAAGUGUUACAGUUACGCAUUUCCAUUUCUUUUUCUUGGAAUUUCACCAUGACAAAUUUGCUUUGCAUGGCAAAGAAAACUUGUAUAUGCAUAGACUAUAAGGGGAAACAUUGAUGAAAUGACGGUGGCAAGCAUUUCCUGCAUGACAGAGGUUGUAGUCUGUCUUGCUUGUCUUGCAUCAGGGUGCGUGACUGUAACACUUUUUUCUCAGGAUAACAUGUGGACGGAGUACACUGAGUUCAAGCAGGCGAACAAUGCCACGAAAAUCCUGCCUCAGGAAACGGACAUUACCACAACCACGACGACCACUUCCACCACAACCAUAUGCACUGCCAAUAUGGCUGGGUCUGGAUGAUGAUGAACGCAGAUGUUUGCAAAUGCAGGUUCUUUUGCCUUUGCAUGACGACCAAGAGAUGUGUCUGGCAUGCAGGGAGGACCAGCAUCACAGGUUCUUCGGGAGCUUCGCAAUGUUUAUACUCUGCAUGAGAAAAUAAAAUCCGCUCUCACCAUGACCAAAAAUAAACAACUUUUGUUCUUUCUGCAUAAAACACAUUUUUCUUCGAUUUGAAAUGCGCAUCAUUCCAGACCCAGCUCGAGAUUUCUUUGCAGUGGAUACACCACCUCGUCGACCAAAACUAACGCGACCGCGAACGCGACUGGUACAAAUGCGACGCAGCCAACCUACCACCCCGACAACAUUUGUACCUGCAGCAACGGAGUUCUGAACGAGUACGACCCCUGUCCCCACAACAACAGCCAGUUGUGCGACGAGUACUACGAGUGCGAUGUGGGAUACGAAAUUCGCAAGGACUACCCCCGGGCGCACGAGGUGUCCUGCUUUCCCACGUGCGCCGGCGUGGACUGCCCGGCCGUGCGGGAUUACAUGGGCAUCGAGGCCUACUUCGUGCCGCAGUACUCGCACCAUUUCUGCGCCGGGCUGACGCAGGAACAGGCUUUGAGCAAUGGCACCUUUCUAUCCUGAGUAAAAAUGUCCCCACACCAGAGUCAAGAUGGGAAAUCCGCUAGACAAAUCCAUAAGCUUUGGCUGUUUCGAAUGACAAAUUUGGACGCGUAGUGUAGUGCUGUUUGAGUUAGCUGAGCAGCAUUAGAGAUCUAGUAGCUCAUGCUCAUUGGCGCAUUACAGAUUUACAAACCGCAUUAGAAAAUGCUUCUCAUGGGGCUCCGCGUGAGAAACAUUUUCAGCAUGCAGAUUUGCAUGACAACUCUGGGGUGGGGACGUUUUUACACAGGACAAUUUCCGGCGGCCAAGUGCGCCACCUACUGUUGCCAGGAGGGCUGCAAGGCACCGGCAAACGACUCCAAUGUUUCGGAGAAGUAUAAUUUACAUCUAAUCAGAUUCAGAACCAGAAGUAGAGCCAGUCGUUUAAGACUUCUUAUCAGUAGAGCUGUGAACAAAUCAAGUUCAAGAAUCAUCGAUAAAGAAUACUCGUCGAAGAUCUUUGUUGAAAACACGUACGAUAUACUCUCGCUACAACUCCCACGAGUAGCUGAUCUCUGCAUGAAUUAUGUCAUCAAGAAGAAAAACAAGCGGAUGGAACACGAAAAACUAUUGAACCAUAACUAAACUAAAAUCAGGAUCGCGUACUACGAGCAGAUUGACUGGGAGGCAGAGCUGACGUCGAUGCUGCUAUGCAUUGAAAAAAUUUCUGGGUCUCCUGGGAUGACUCUGAACUCUGUGCUGCGUGGCCGCAUCAUCAAAGAGCUCCUCUUGCCUCUCACGUAAAAACGCAGUUUCAUCUCAACAUGCCGAGUACACAACUCUUCAGAUGAACCACGGAAAAACUUGUCAUACUUGGCAGCGCAUAAUUUCAAUUACAGUGAUGUGCUCAGGCUCACCAUUCCCGUCCUUGCAUCACAAGUUUCCAGACAUUUUUGCUAUGCAUAGCUGCCCCCCAUGAACGAGAGCGACGCGAUUCACGUGUACGUUGGGCACCCGAACGGGUCCGUGAACGGCACCAUUGUGGGGACGGACUUGCACAAGGCAACCUGCAACGAGUCGAAUUGGGUCGGGCAUGAUAUGACCUGCUCAACAAGCAUUACAGUCUCAAACGUUGCAAUGGAUAGAAUCUGGGUUGUGUCGUGUUGCAUGAAGAUGUUGAGCAUGACAGACUCGCACAGCGUUCCACUUUCUGCAAUACAAAUUUGCCAGAUUCUAGCGCGGAUUGGGACUCCGGAACUUGUCAUGCGCAAUCCUGUGAGAGUGCACUCGGUAGAUGAUGCACUUUUUGCAGCACAAAUUUCCAUUACUAUCGUAACGUUUGAGAUUGUAACAGCUGAGCACGUUACACAUGACCCGGAGUUUAUCCAACGAAAAAACUGUUUCACUGUGAUGGUUUUGCAAGAUCCGCAUCACAAGUUUGCUACACAUGACACAGAAAACUUGCCAUGCGCGCUUCCCAAGGGAAAACACGCUUAAAAAUCCAAUGCGUUGGGGGUGUAGCAAGACAAAUCGUUCUGUGUUCCAUUCCAUGCAUCACAAGUUCACAGUGAAACAGUUUUUUCUUGCGAUAGAGUUCUACUGCGAGUUUCCCGGGGACGAGAUCAAGAUGGUGGGCUGUAUAUGAAUGGCAAAUUAUAUGACUGGGUCUGGAAGGACGAAAACUUGUGAUGCAAAUUCUGGAACACACAAAGAUUUGUGUUGCGUGAGCGCCAAAAGUUGGUGCCCACUUCCUGCUAGCUACGCAAGGCGGCAGUUUCAUCUCACGCGAGGCAGGCAUCACGUUCAAGAGAGACCAAGAGGCGUCCGCAAAAACUGUAAAGCUUUUGCGUGCAUCAGACACCAUUCGGGUGAUCCGAAAGAUGCAUAUACUUACAAAAGUCGGCAUUUGUCUUGUUCCAGAUCCGGAUUUGUACUUGCAGUUGAUACUGCGAGAUCGAAGCCUCGACAACCACGACGACGACAAUCGACCCUACCCACUUCAACAAAACGGUGGUCACCGUUGACAACAAAGAGUACAUCUACGUGGGCUGUUGGUACGACCAAUUUCGGCUUGAGGACCGGAUUAUGAAGGGCAAAUAUGUCUGGUUCGACAAGAAUGCGAACUUGUGAUGCUGCCUUUGGAUUUUGUAAAAAAUCUGUAUUGUGACCAGCAAGAGGGUUUCAGUUCGUGCUACGCGGAGAGGGCAUUUCUCAUGCGGGAUAUAUGCGCAUCAAGAACGAAGCCCUGUAAAAAUCUGUGAUGCUAGGGCAUACGUCAGAGACAUCAUGGGCCAAGCAAAACCAAAAUGCGUAUGACAAACGUGGGACUUUGAUACCCAGACAUGUUUUCAACGCAUACGGAUGCAGAUUAAGGACACGAGUCUGGACGACAAAAUCAAGGCCAUUCGCUUCUCCCGGUGGUUGGGGUACGGCACCACCUGCUCCGCCAAAGACGAUCCCUCGGGCGCCGGGAAACUGCAGAUGGAAAACGACGAGCUUCACGCCUGUCACAAGUACUGCCACGGGCAAACCCCCGGAGUGUACGAAAACCACCCGGCUCCCGGGAACCCGCUGGGCGACGAACUGGUGUAUAACGGAAACAACAUUUUAGACGCGGAUUUGUCGGAUCCUACGAAGAGAAAGGAGUUCCUUGUUUCCAGCUUCGGCCUCUCCUUGGCGGGCACCAACCAGCUGGAACCGUUCUUCUGGUUCGGGGUAAAAAACAAUCACAGCAAUCCGUUCUCCGGGUUCGGAGACUACUGCUCGUGCACGAACAACAUCGAAUAUGCGACGGCGGUAUCAAAUGCAAAUAUGUCUGGGUCUGGAAACUCGCAAUGCUGAGUUGCGAGGAGUGAAUUCUCUGUAAUGCACAGCCACGCAUGAGAAAUAUUUGCGCUGUUUAGUGCUGCGAAUUCCGCAUGAGAAACUGCGUUUUGCAUGAUAAGCAAAAGGAUCUGUUCUUGGACACGCAUCACAAAUUCUUCAGUCAUGCCAGACAAGCAUGACAAACCUUGCAUCCAUCCAGACCCAGCCAUCUUUGCAAUGCAUAGACGGACGACUGGGCCGGGGAUUCCUCCUGCAAUGCCUUCCACGCGCGCGGAGCGCCGGACGGGCCGGUGGGUGCGAACGACAGCAUCGCCCUCUACAUGCCGAAGGGUAUAUAGUAAGUACUUAAGAAAGUGCUUAUCUACACUGGAUCUUGAUAAUUGUGAUCGUAUAUAACCAUGCCUCCUGAUAUUACUAUCGAAUUUCAAUUAUUUGCACGAGAAAGGACCAGCAAAUACUGAAACUGAAGUACUAUAGUUCUCUCACCUGCACCCCCACCAGGUCCGGACCCAAGCGAUUGCCCCACGGGGUACCGCCCAACACCCCGCCCCGGCGCGGACAGUAUCAAAUGCAAAAAUGUCUGGGUCUGGGAGAAUGCGAGACUUGUCAUGCAUAUUUCCCAUGACCCAUGAUGCCUGUGAUGCAUGACCGAGCAUCGCAGACUUUUAGAGGGCUUCCUGAUGCACCUUCCGCAUGAGAAAUGCCCCCCUGUCCGUGUGGCACAAACUGUACCCCUCUUGCUGGUCAUGCAAUACAAAUUUUUUUAGAGUCCAGUUGCAAUCUUCCAGACCCAGACAUAUUUGCAUUUGAUAGACAGUACCGGAUUGCACAUCUACGCCAACCCGCCCACCCGGUACAACACGCCGCACGAGCACCUGGUGGUCCAGCCGAAAAACGUGGACGACAUCGAAAUGUGUGGCGCUAUGUGCUUAUCAAAUGCAAAUAUGUCUGGGUCUGGAAAUUUGUGAUGCUAAAACGUGCAUGAUGAAAACACUUCCCUAUGCGGGAAAGCAUGACAAGUUUGCAGAACGCUUUCUCAUACGUGCCCCGCAUGAGAAACUGCGUUUUUGUACGACGGGAGAGGCUGCGACUUUUGUUGGUCGUGCAACACAGGUUCCGCAGGAAUGCAAAACCAGCAUUACAGGUUCCAACUUUGCAGACCCAGACAUAUUUGCAAUGCAUACUGCUGGAUUUACCCCAGUUGCGUCGCCCUGGAAACCAACGGAAACAAGUGCGUGCUGUACACCGACAAAUUUAUUGGCGGGGGCAAGCCCAAGGCGAACUACAUCUUGUGCCGCAAGAUGUCCACCACCACCACCACAACAACCACCACAACCACCCCCUACGUGAUUCAGAUCUGCAUCAACGAAACGGUGAAGCUCCGGUGGAAAGUAGACUGGCUGACCGCCAACCGGAUCUGCUGCCCGCAAAACGUUGGCGCUAUGGAGCUAUCCCGUGCAAAAGUUAGUAUCGUACUCGUACUAAUCGCAAUUACGCAUGACAAAUCUCCUUCUCAAUGUAAACCAGCAUUACAAAUUCAACUUGUAAUGCUGAGCUAAUUUGUAAUGCAAUUACUACUAGUACGAUAAGUUUGCAAUUUAUAGGAACCCGCGUGGUAUUUUCGGCAGCGGAUGUACCCGCGAAACGGCAUUUACGGGGAUCUGCACCUGGCUAUUGAGAGGAAAAGUCCCCUCUCCCCAUAUCGCAACGAAAUUUCUGAUGCUGGAUUCGCGUACACAAAUCAGAUCUGUCUUGCAGAAAGUGCUUGGCGGCAUUUUCUGAGCCCGUUUGGGUAUGCAGAAGGCUAGCAAUUGCGCAUGACAAACAGGCUUGCAGUAGUCGAAAGCGCAUGAUUGACAGACUUGCUCUGGAAUGCGUCACAUGGCUCCUAUGGCGCUAAAUGCAUGACAAAGAUGAUAUGUGACCACAAAUCAGCAUCACGACCACAAAUCAGCAUCACAAGUUUUCGUUUUGAUAUGCGGAGGGGGCAUUUUUCAUUUUGAUACUGGCCUACGACCAGGCCCAUCCCAUGGUGUUCUACGACAGCCGCAAUGGGAGCCUUCCGGUGUUCCAGAUCCCCGGCCGGGGGAACAACCCCCGAAACUGGACCGAAUUCUGGUUCGACGCGUUACACUACGGGUGGAUGGUGUUUUACGAAAACGAGACGUUCUUGAAUCCGGAAAUCGACGUGCCCAAUGUGAUCCUGCAGAACGAGACCAGUGGCACGCCCGAGCUCCGCUCCAUUUCCAACAACGGCAGCAGUACCCACCUCGGCUACAAUAUCCCGGACGACCCGCACAGUCUACACGGCGGGAAACGGUACUACGUCAACCUCGUCUGCGUCGCCGGCCAUCCCGGCUACUCGGAUACGCUCUACAAGCCGCUGCCCUACUACACCGGGCCGAAGUUGUUCGCGAAAAAGCGGAAAGAGGAAAAGUUUGUCUACCGGGGGCGACUAUCCAAUGCAAAUAUGUGUGGGUCUGGAAACUUGUGAUGCAAGGCAGGGAAUAGUGAGCGCACUAUAAUGCGCUGCCAAGCAUGAGAAGGUUUUCCGUGGGUCUGAGUUGCGUAAUCCGCAUGAGAAACUGCGUCUUUGCAUGACAGCCAAGAGGACCGCUUCGCGGCCACGCAAUGCAGAGUUCAGAGUCAUGCCAGACUAGCAUGACAAAUCUCGCAAUCCCCCAGACGCAGACAUUUUUGCAUUUGAUAGCGACGGUCCAAAGUGUCGCGGGCACUGCAGAUGCUGAACCAGAAGAGGAAUUCGCAACUACUGCCUACAACUUCCACGAAGGUAGCUGCAGAGUCGGACCUGAGAUUCCGAAACGGAUAAAAAAGACUUGAUAGCAUGUAAAAUAAAUGACCAGUCAGAUGACAAUUUAAAAAAGCACUGCUGAGUAUUUUCGAGGUGUCUGUGGAUAGAAACAGUGGCUCGGAGGACGAUGCUGGCAAGAUAGUAAUUUUAUGAUAAAGCACAGGGUUUCCGUUUCUGGUGUAUGUUUAGAAAGAAAAAAAAUGCAUGUAAAUGAGAAUAAAACACGGGCUGCCUGAGGUC